AUGUCUGCUCUCGCUUCUCCGUCUGAGACGAUUGACGACUUUGUCGGUCAUCACGGCGUCUCCUCCGUGUUCUCCGUCAGACGAAACCCUAAACCAAUCAUGGAAGCCGAGAGAGACUCUGUCGGGAAGUCACGUCGUCUCCUCCAUCUUCUCUCCGUAAAGGGCCUUACAACGGAAGAGCUUGCUGCUAGAAACGAUUUGGUACUUGCGCUUCCGGCUAGGAUUGAAGCUAUACCUGAUGGGACUGCGGGUGGUCCUAAAAGCACUAGUGCGUGGGCUCCUUCUACAACGUCUCGUCCUGAUAUCAAAUUUGAUUCAGAUGGGCGUUUUGAUGAUGAUUACUUUCAAGAAUCACAUGAGUCCAGACAGGAGUUUGAGAUGCGGAAAAUUAAACAGGCAGGUUUAGAUGCUUUGAAGAACAUGGCAUCUGAUAUGAAUGAGGAGCUGGACCGUCAAGUUUCUCUGAUGGAUGAAAUCGACUCAAAGUUAGUGUUGUUUGUGGUGUAUGUUAUUGAGCUAGAGCCUUCUGUUUAUGUCUCAGCAGGUAGUGGACUUGGGAGUGGAAGUGUUGUUUGA